CCAUCUUUUGACCAUGUUUUGACACCCCAGAGUAAACAUAUAGAUCAUAUGAUGAUUCUAUAAAUAUUCUAUAAAUACUCGGUUAUCCUCCGGCCUCAUAUCAUCUUUUUCUUUUUUGCUGAAUCUCAUCUCAUCUCACCUCGUCUCACUCUCUUUUUUCCUUUUUUGGGGGGUUGGUCUUAUUCAUCCUACACUGUUGCUAGUUCUAUAGCUUAAUCUUAUCAAGAUGGCUUCUUCGGCAAUUUUGACAGCUUCCGCUGCAUUGAAAUCUCGAGUUAGGAGGCCAUCUUUGCUCAACAAGCUCGCUCACCCUCAAGAUUUGAUCCCUUUAUUCCCUAAUGGAGCUUAUAUUGGGUGGUCCGGAUUCACGGGUGUGGGAUAUCCUAAGUGAGUAUCAAUUGCAGUUCUGUUGCGGUGCCGAGCAAGAGAGGGGUCAAACAAUAGCGUCGGUUUCAUUCCGUAAGAAACCAAUACUGAUGGAAACCAUGUAGGAAGAUUCCAACGAUGCUCGCCGAUCAUGUAGAGAAGAACAGUCUGCAGGGCAAGCUUAAGUACUCCCUGUUCGUAGGUGCUAGUUCUGGAGCGGAGACGGAAAAUCGAUGGGCAGAAUUAAAUAUGAUCGAACGACGAAGUCCUCAUCAAGUCGGAAAAGCUAUUGCAAAAGGUAUCAACAAUGGCGACAUCAAUUUCUUCGACAAACAUCUGUCCAUGUUUCCUGUAGAUUUGGUCUAUGGAUUCUACACAAAAGACCGCCCAAACAAAAAGCUGGAUGUGGUUAUUGUUGAGGCUACCGCUAUUACUGAAGAUGGUGGCAUUAUUCCCGGAGCCUCAGUUGGAGCGUCACCAGAAUUGAUUCAAAUGGCGGACAAGAUCAUCGUUGAAGUCAACACUUCUAUGCCCUCUUUCGAGGGCCUUCACGAUAUCACCAUGACCGAACUUCCACCAAACCGAAAACCAUACUUGAUUAUGGCACCAGAGGACCGCAUUGGAACGACCGCCAUUCCUGUUGAUACCGAGAAGAUUGUUGCCAUUGUCGAGUCCGAUUAUCAAGACCAAACCGUACCAAAUGCACCCGAGGAUGCUACCUCUCGUGCCAUCGCUGCUCACUUGAUUGAGUUCCUCGAGCACGAAGUCAAGCACGGCCGCCUUCCCAAGAACCUUCUACCAAUUCAGUCCGGUAUUGGAAACAUCGCCAAUGCUGUUAUCGGUGGUCUAGCCGAGUCUAAAUUCAAGAAUCUCAAGGUUUGGACAGAAGUGCUUCAAGAUACCUUCCUUGAUCUUUUCGAUUCUGGACGCUUAGACUUCGCAACUGCAACCUCCAUUCGUUUCUCUCCAGAAGGUUUCAAGCGCUUUUACGAUGGAUGGGAGCAAUACUUCGACAAACUGUUGCUCCGCUCACAGCAGGUUUCUAACUCCCCCGAGAUCAUCAGAAGAUUGGGAGUUAUUGGCAUGAACACACCGGUUGAGGUCGAUAUUUAUGCACACGCAAACAGCACCAAUGUCAUGGGUUCUCGCAUGUUGAACGGUCUUGGCGGCUCAGCUGAUUUCCUCCGUUCUUCCAAGUACAGUAUCAUGCACACUCCGUCUACCAGACCAUCCAAGACCGAUCCUCACGGUGUUUCUUGCAUUGUUCCUAUGUGCACACACGUUGACCAAACAGAGCACGAUUUGGAUGUAGUUGUUACCGAACAGGGUCUAGCUGAUGUUCGAGGAUUGAGUCCAAAGGAGCGAGCUAAGGUCAUCAUUGAGAAAUGCUCACAUCCAGACUACAAGCCAAUUUUGGAGGACUACUUCAGGAAGGCUGAAUUCGAAUGCAUGAGGAGAGGAUGGGGUCACGAGCCCCAUUUGUUGUGGAACAGCUUCGAUAUGCACAAGGCAUUCGAUCAAGAGGGAAGUAUGAAGGCACUUAAGACUUGGGGUUAGAGAGUGAAUGAAGAGUUCAGAUUACAUACGAGGCGAUGUAGAUAUUUGGAAUAAACUUUGGAAUAAGCCAUAUGCCAUUGAUGGGCUUUAUUGGAGCAGGGCGCAUGUGAGGAUCAAUUUCAAAGAUGGAACAAGAAUUUCAUAAAAGGUUUUUUUUCUUCAUUGUGAUAGAAGAACACCAAAAUCCAUACUGGUGAUUCAGCAGCGAAAGCCUCCGUGCACGCUGGAGCACUUAGCUACCACACCAAUGAAACAUAAGACAAUGUGUUUAUUGGGCAUC